UGGAAUUCUAACUUUCGAUUUCUUGUCCGAUGGGAUGGCUGGUGAAUCUUGUCGAGCUGAAUUUCAUUUUCGCCAAAAAUACAUCGUCACAGGCGACAUUCAAAAGCACUAAUUUUUGUUGUUCAAAAAGUCCCACAGCGAGAAUUUCCAGAACAUACAUUACAUGCUUGGUCGAUUGCGGGCACCACCAUUAUUUCGAAGCGCCGUUCUCGGUGCAACCACUCGACGUGCAGCUACCCAAGUACUCGGCAGAUCUACGAUUAGAACCGGGGUUCUUCAGCAAUUACCUACCUUACCACGCGCAUGUCACACAGGGUUUCGAUACUUUAGUACGACCAUCGCCAGCAAACCGUUACGGUCCAUAAUAGAUUCUAUUACCGAUGGCGAUUUGCAACAAAAGCUGCAACUGGGAACGGCACCAAAAAUCGAUACAACCGUCUUUGCUGCAGCCGACGAUAACAUGACGGCAGUUGACGAUUUGAUUGCCGCACUAGACAACUAUAUUGCUGGCCAUGGAGAAACGACACAAGCAGAAGCAUAUAAUACCAUGCUCGGUGUAUUAGCUUCUGCAGGACUCUCAAGCGAAGCACAAUAUUUAUACGAUCGAGUAUUUCGUCACCACGGACAGGAAGCUAAUAUUACCACGUUUACCUAUCUAAUGCUCGCCUACAUCAACCAUGGCCUUACCGACGAUGCCUUGGAUAUAUACUUUUCCAUUCGAGAUCACGUCGAAUCCAAGUCGAACGCGUCAGCUUUACAAAUGGACGCUACGCAUUACGCCAUUUUGAUCAAGGGUCUAUUGAACUCAACCACAACCCAAGCCGGCCACCAUCCAUCCGACGACAUCCCCACUUACGGUUACACUGUGGAGGUUGGGCGGCAGGAGAUUAUGGAUCUGGAGGGUAACGCCCAUCCCGGUUUGUUAACGGCUUUAACGCUACUUCAAGACAUGCGUCAACUUGAAAUCCUCCCUACGCCAGACGUGUACAUGAGUAUGCUUGAAGCGUGUGCGACUUAUGGCGACAAAUAUUCACUUGAACAAAUUCAUAACAUGCUGCGCAUGGACACCAACAUUGAUCCCGAUAUAUCCACGUUCAACGCUCUAAUGAAAGCUUACCUUUCUGUCGAUGAUGGACCGGUCGCCCUGCAAAUUUGGGAAACGCUAAUACCUUGUUUAUCGACGGUUAAUGCAGAAACCAUCGCGAUUGUUUUCAAUACAUGCCGUCGCCUGGGGUACAGCACUUACGCCGCUAGCGUGUGGAAGGAACUGAAGGAUGCCAAUUUUAACCUGAAUCCUGAACAUCAUCGCUUAUACCUGGAUUGUUCGCCCAAGCAAGCAUAUGAAGAGCAACAAGUGACAGAGGAGUCAAAUACGGAUCCAUCUACGGGCAAUACCUCAGCAGAUACAGAUCCGACGCAUAGUUCUUUGAGAGAAAGCAGAGACGCCUCGGAACAGAAAAAGAUGCAAAAAGAUCGAUAGAUAAAUAGAACACAGAUAAUUUUCAUUGUGGGUACAUGGGUCAAGAUAAUGGUGGAUAAAAGUGAUCAUUUUGCCAUGCAGGGAUGGUGCAUGCAUUAAUAACGGUGCACCCUCGACUUUUUCAGUAUGCAUUUUCUUUUGUGUUACAUAUCCCGCU